GUUGUAAUGGGUACAGCAAAGCAGUGGAUGGGGAGGGUGGAGGAGGAGAGGAGGAGGAGGAGGCACAAGGAAGAGGAGGAGGUGAGCACAGGGGCACAGAGUGGGAUGAAGAGCUGGAUGGAGAGAAUGAGGGAGGUGUGAGGAUGACGAGAACCGACACGUUUCACUCAACCACAAGUUCAACGGGCACGCAGAAGAAGAGAGGACAACAUGCCAAGAAACAGGUGCAGGGCAGUAACCAGGUGCAGCGAGCUCCUCGAGCAUUGUUCUGUCUGAAGCUCAACAACCCCAUCAGACAAGCCGCUCUCCAAAUGGUCGAGUGGAAACCUUUUGACAUCUUCAUCCUGUUAGCCAUAUUUGCUAACUGUGUGGCUCUGGGAGUCUCCAAACCGUUUCCUGAGGAUGACUCCAACUCUACCAACCAUGACCUGGAGCAAGUGGAGUACAUCUUCCUCAUCAUCUUCACUGUGGAGGCCUUCCUGAAGAUCCUGGCCUACGGCCUGGUGAUGCACCCAAGCUCCUACAUCCGCAACGGCUGGAACCUGCUGGACUUUGUCAUCGUCAUCGUUGGGCUGUUCAGCGUCGUCUUGGAGACGAUGACUCAUAAGUCUGGUGUGCAGGCGACCACUCAUCACAUACCGGGGAAACCUGGGGGCCUGGAUGUCAAAGCCCUGAGAGCCUUCAGGGUCCUGAGGCCCCUCAGACUGGUUUCUGGAGUCCCCAGUCUGCAGAUUGUGUUGAACUCCAUCAUGAAGGCAAUGGUUCCUCUGCUCCACAUCGCUUUGCUGGUUCUCUUUGUCAUCAUCAUCUAUGCCAUCAUCGGCCUGGAGCUCUUCAUCGGACGCAUGCACAGGACCUGUUACUACACAGGCACAGAUAAUUUUGUGGAGGAUGAACCAGUGCCCUGUGCGUUUGCUGGUCACGGUCGUCAGUGCACCAUCAACGGCUCCGAGUGUCGGGGGAAGUGGGCCGGUCCCAAUGGGGGAAUCACCAACUUCGACAACUUCUUCUUCGCCAUGUUAACUGUGUUUCAGUGCGUCACCAUGGAGGGCUGGACCGAUGUGCUGUACUGGAUGAAUGACGCCAUAGGCUUCGAGCUGCCUUGGGUUUAUUUUGUCACUCUGGUGAUUUUUGGCUCAUUCUUUGUCCUCAACCUGGUUCUGGGAGUCCUCAGCGGAGAGUUCAGCAAGGAGAGGGAGAAGGCGAAGGCGCGGGGAGAUUUCCAGAAGCUGAGGGAGAAGCAGCAGAUGGAGGAGGAUCUGUGUGGGUACAUGGACUGGAUUACUCAGGCCGAGGACAUGGACGAACUGGAUGAGGACGGAAACCCCUGUCCGUCUCUGGGCGAUCUGUCGGACAAGAAGAGGGCGAAGUUCGGCUGGUUCAGUCACUCCAGUGAAACUCACGUGAGUCUUCCUGCAAGUGAAACAGGGUCUGAGAACACUGAAACUAUCGAUGAGGAACACACCGACUGCUGCCAGGCCGUCUGUACUCGGAUGAUGAGGGUUGGCUGCUGUUGCACGCUGCGGCGGUGGAAUCGAGUCUGUCGCAGAACAUGUCGCUCUGCCGUUAAGUCGGUGAUGUUUUAUUGGCUGGUCCUGCUGCUCGUCUUCCUCAACACCUCCCUCAGUGCAUCCGAGCACUACAACCAGCCCGACUGGCUGACGCACGUCCAGGACAUCGCCAACAAGGUGCUGCUGUCUCUGUUCACGGUGGAGAUGCUGCUGAAGAUGUACAGUCUGGGCCUGGCUCACUACUUUGUGGCGUUCUUCAACCGCUUCGACUGCUUCGUGGUGUGUGGAGGCAUCAUGGAGACCAUCCUGGUGGAGCUGGACAUCAUGCCUCCGCUGGGCAUCUCAGUGCUGCGGUGCGUCCGCCUGCUGCGCAUCUUCAAGGUGACACGGUGA